CAGUUUAGACUUAGAGGUUUGGGCCCAGUACUACCAGUACUAGCAGUAGUGCAGUACUAGUAGAUCUCCCCAUGUGACUUGACACCAGUUUGAAUGGAAAUUGUUCGUUCUCGUCAUUGUCGAGUUUGUUUUGUGGAACGAUCAGAAGUCACCAGCCUUCCACACCAGUAUUGAGCGGUUACUUAGGUAUCCAAUUUCUUUCUCCAAGUGCUGACUGUAGACAGCGCCUGCUAUUCGCGCUGGAUAGUAUCAUUUCAAACCGGUCGAAGAAGCAAUGUUCCGCAAAACAGGUCGCAGGUGCCAAGUCUGAAAUAUUUGAGAUUCUGCUGAAGAAGAUCGGGAGUUGAUUUUUGGUAUGGCGCACUCAGGGACUAUGUCCGCAUUAGGUCCCCUCUACCUUGUAUGCCUGGUACUGUCGUGCACGCUAGCGCCAUGCAGGGCAGGGCGGCGACGUGUGUGCUGAGAGAGGGCUCGUUCUGCACAUGUGAUAUGGACGACAACAGCGGUCACAUGGAUCUCAGUGCGAUCAGCAAGUCGGACGGCACGCCAUUCUUCAAGGACAUUAAAGGAGCCAGUAAUUGGAAGUAUAGUUACAAUCCAUGUUCACCAUUUGUGGAUAACAAGUGCAAAGCUGAUGUGUUGGUUUGCCAAGGAGGUGAUUCAGUAUGCGGACGCGAUACGUCGGUGAACAUCGAAGUCACAGAUACGGCUCCCGUGGGUGGAACAAUCAAAUACGGCAACGGAGACGUGCUGAGCAAAGUCCCGAGAACCGCAGUCGUUACAUUCACGUGUGAUGCGUCGGUGGAAAGUGACAUUACGUUUGUGAAGGAGGACCCUGCGGGAAACUAUCAAUUCAAGCUGGUCUCAAAGCAUACGUGCGUAAUCCCACCGACUACUCAGGCGCCGCCUCCCCCCGGUACCACGGCACCGCAGCCACCUGGUCCCACAGGACCACAUCACCGCACCAGUGAGAAAAACUCCAUCAGCAUGGGCUCCAUCUUGAGCAUCAGCUUCUUUACAAUUGCUCUGAUGUACCUGAGCGGAGGGAUAGCGUUUAUGAUGAUCCGCAACGGCGAACGCGGCAGGGAGACGAUCCCGAACUACGCAUUCUGGGUGGCGUUACCCGGUUUGAUCAAAGAGGGCUUCCUCUUCAUCGUUCACGGAUUCAAAUCUAGCGGCUAUCGGUCCGGAUAUGACCAGAUUUGAGAAUGGAAUUAACUUCAAAGCAGCCUCACGCGAUGAAGGACAAGCACCGGCAUGUGCCCACAAGCCAAUAGGAAACAUGCACAGCGGGUUCUCAGUUCUCCCAAGCUAGGCAAGCCACGUGGCGAUAUUCGCCACAGAGACUUAAUAUUGUCUCCUGGGAAUAUCAUAGAAUGCUACCAUUUACUUCAGUACAUAACUUUUAUCCGAGCUACGUUCUCUGGUUUACUGCUUGACUAGUCAAGAGAUCUUAUGGCGUACUGGACAUGAUUAUGUCAGCUGUGAACGGCCUGCUACGACUAAUACAUGUACUUCUGAUUUAUUUUCUCUGCUUUACUCAUGGUUGGCUUAAAGAGACUAGUUACCAUCUGUAUAAUUAUACCUGGUCAAUUCCUCGAUGUCACAAUUUCAUUUCUGGCAUCUUUCUAGAAAUAAUAUGUGAAACUAUAAUUCUAAAGGGGAAUAGGACAUCGAAUUUCAUACUUAUAAUUUCAUGGUAGUGGUUUUGACGAUCUCGUGAUUAUUAGAUUAAAUACUUCCAAGUAGAAUUCUGUCUUCUCCUCUACCACUUCUCCACGAUCUAGCUCCAGUUGAUAGUGCUGAA